AUUGCGUUUACACACGAUUCUCUCUCUCUCUCUCAACCCAACUCCUCACUUUCUCUCUCUAUUAACCUCUCAAUAUCUUCUCUCCCAGUGUAUCUCUCUCUAGAUAGUAGUUUGUUGAGUUGGCCAUGGCUGGGAGAAAAAGGAAGAAGAUGAAAUUGUUAGAUGAAACGAUCACAGAUAGUGAAAGAAAUGGAACCAAGGAAAAGAGUACAUUGGAACUACAGACUUGGUCCGACCUACCGACGGAACUUUUGCAACUCAUUUUGUCCCAGUUGACGCUAGAUGACAAUAUUCGUGCCUCUAUGGUAUGCAAGAUUUGGCACUCAACUGCCAUAUCUGUGAGGGUGGUUAAUCAAUCACCGUGGCUUAUGUACUUUCCAAAAUUUGGUAACUUAUAUGAGUUUUAUGAUCCAUCAAAGCGCAAGACCCAUUCCCUUGAGUUACCUGAGUUGAAUGGAUCUAGGGUCUGUUACACCAAAGACGGUUGGCUGUUGCUAUACAGGCCAAGAUCGCACCGCGUUUUCUUCUUUAACCCUUUCACUCGUAAGGUGAUAAAACUACCAAAAUUCGAGUUGACUUAUCAGAUAGUUGCGUUCUCAUGUGCACCAACCUCCUCCAGCUGCAUACUUUUUACAGUCAAGCACAUCAGUCCGACGAUUGUUGCUAUUAGUACUUGUCAUGCUGGAGCUACAAAGUGGGUUACAGUUAACUAUCAAAAUCGCUUGCCCUUUGUCAGUAGCAUUUGGAAUAAGCUUGUUUUCUGCAAUGGACUCUUUUAUUGUCUUAGUCUGACUGGCUGGCUAGGGGUUUUUGACCCCAUGGAACGCACUUGGAAUGUUCUUGCUGUUCCUCCCCCAAAAUGCCCAGAGAACUUUUUCGCCAAAAAUUGGUGGAAAGGCAAGUUUAUGGCUGAGCAUAAUGGGGAUUUAUUAGUUAUUUAUACUUGUUCUAGUGAAAAUCCCAUUGUUUUCAAGCUUGAUCGAGCUGACAUGGUUUGGGAAGAGAUGCAAAAUCUCCAAGGUAUGACACUUUUUGUGAGUUUCUUAUCAUCCCAUUCGAGAACUGAUCUCCUUGGUAUAUUGAGAAACAGUGUCUACUUCUCUAAAGUCCGCUUCUACGGAAGGCGUUGCAUCUUGUACUCUCUUAAUGACUGUAGAUACUAUCCUCGUAAGCAAUGUUACGAUUGGGGAGAGCAAAAUCCUUUUGAGAAUAUUUGGAUCGAACCACCAAAAGACUUCACAACCUUCAGCUGAACAAUGCUUAUUGACUCAAAGAUUAUGAUUUCCUAUUACAUGAAUGAUGCAGCACAAUGCAAGGUACAUGAUCAAAGUCAAUGUAGACUUAGGUUAGUUCUUCAGAUCCAAGCAGAAGGAAGACUAGCACCUUGGGAGAAAAAUAAAGGACAGGCAAAUCCCUGAUUGCUUGGACCCACUUCUGAGUUUAUAAAAAUCUCAAGAUUAGUCGUAUAAAGGACAAGCAAAUCCCAGAUUGCUAGGCUUACUGGAAUGCUAUUAAAUAUGUUUUUAGAACAACUAAUGAUAAUGAUGUGCUUCUUCACAUAUUUGUCCUUUAAUUUAUAUUUCUGUGAUUGGCUUUUCUAGGUUUUCAGGACUUAAUUUUUAUAAGAAAAUGUGAAUUUCUUCGUUAA